CCAACUUUAUGUACUGGUUCGGGCUAAAUUGAGUUUCCGGAUGGGCCCCCCCACUGUGGGAUGGCGUAAUCCAGUAGAAUAGAGCCGAAGGGCACAAGAGCAGAGGGUCAGUUAGACCGAGAUGCGGCCGGUGGAGGCGUGCUUCGCCGAGAUGUCGGAGUAAGUUGAACGGUGACUUGCUUGCUUGGAUGUUUCAAUAUCGCCUGGUUGCCAAUGGUUUACGAUUCCCGCAAAGAACAAGCAAUGAGAAUCGACGACGGAGAGAACGUUCCUAAGGGGCACAGGAGCAAGCACGCUGCCGCUGUCUCUGGUCCACGACCACACCCUCAAGUCAGCUACGACCAGACGGCUAUUGCCCCUUCGUCAUUCUUCGGCAAGCUCCAGUCGAUCUACGGGAAUAGCGUUCUCAAGACACAGCUGGAGCAGCUCAAGAAGCAGGGAAGCUACGAUGCUUUCGAUCUAAAAUGGCACGAGGUGUACAAUGUCCGUCGCUUCCACGGUGCUCGCACUUUGCGUGAGAGUGUGCCCCCGUCUCUGUUCUGGGAGUCUGAUGUUGGGAAAUGGAUCGAAGCUGUGUCUUACUUCAUGUCUUCGGGAUCCAUCGUGGACCCCCAACUCGCAAAGACAUUCGAGCGCGCAGUCGGCGAGCUCGUGGAAAAGAUCGAAAAGGCGCAAGCUGAGGAUGGCUAUCUUGAUAUCUACUUCCAGGUGGUCGAUAAAGAAGGCAAGUUCAGAAACCUGAGAGAUGCACACGAGAUGUACAACUGUGGUCAUCUGCUCGAAGGAGCUCUGGCGCACUAUCACUGGACAGGGUCCAAGAGAUUCCUGAAUUGUAUGAUCCGCUAUGUCGACUUGUUGAUCAGGACAUUCGGUCCUGAGCCUUCGCAACUCCACGGAUAUCCAGGUCACCCAGAGCUCGAACUGGCCGUGUCGCGGCUUUACCAUGUGACUGGGGAUCCUAAGCAUCUUGCCUUUGCGACAUAUCUCUUGGAAGCCCGAGGAUCCAAACCCGCCGACAUGGACGGAGAGAGCUAUUUUGUCUGGGAGGCCAAGCAUCGUCGAGGCGGAGAUACUGGUGUCCCACAAACAAUGGACAAAUUGACUGAUCUAACGUAUUCUCAAGCUCAUGAUACCCUACACAAUCAAACCGAAAUCCUUGGUCACUCAGUCAGAGCUUUCUACCUGACCACCGGGGCAGCCGAUGUAGGCGGGGAGUUUCUAAAAGAUGCCAAGCGUCUUCUGCACGACGCAACGACCCGCAAGAUGUACGUCACUGGAGGAUUCGGUACUGAGCCUCGAUGGGAGGGCUUUUCGAGAAUCCCGUAUCGCAUGCCCCAGUCGACCGCUGAAGGCGGCUGCUAUCAAGAAACUUGCGCCAGUAUUGCCUGUAUGAUGACCUGCGAGCGAAUCUUGAGUCAUGAGAUUGAUGGUGCCACUCGAGACGUCAUGGAGUUGUGUCUGUUGAAUGCUGUACUAGGAGGUGGAUCUUUGGAUGGAACAAAAUUCGCGUACGAGAACAAGCUUGCUACGUGUGGGAAUGAGACCGCCGAAAGAAGUGAUUGGUUCGAAGUUUGUUGCUGUCCGCCGAACCUUUCUAGAACGAUCGGAAUGCUCGGAGGAUAUACUUGGUCAGCAAUCGUGGAUGAGGCAUCCAAGACAAUCAACCUGAACGUCUGGCUGUUUGUCUCAGCUACACGUCGCAUUCCUCUGGGCAACGGUCAGGAAGCCUCUGUCACCAUGAAAACCGACAUGCCAUGGUAUGGAAGGACGUCAUGGCAAUUCGACGCGCCAGAGGGCUGGACAUGGGCUGUGCGGAUCCCGCGCCCAAGUUACGCCGAGAACGUCAAGACCUCCGCAACGGUGGAACAGGAGGAUGGCUUUUCAAGCUUCGCAUUCAGAGCAGACGGUCAAUUCGAGCAAAUCUUCGAUCUUCCCGUUCGCCUGCUGUCUUCUCAUCCGCGCAGUGGACAGGAUCUGAUCACCGUUUCUCGUGGGCCAAUCACCUACACCGCCGAGUCGAUCGACAAUGCUGGUCUGGACAACAGCUACCAUCAUUUCGAGGGCCUAGGUAUCUCCGAUAAAGAGGUGUUUGAGGAGAGUCUCGUCAAUAUCCUAGGAGUUAACGUGAUUACAUUGACUACGAAAGGCUCCGCGUAUGUUCUGUCAGACUUUGAUCGAGCGUCACUCUACGAGCCAGUCAGCGAUCGGCUUUGGUCCAGUCUCGGCCAAUCUAUAACAUUUGUGCCAUGGUUUGCGAGAGCCAAUAGAGGAGGGGCUGGGAGAGUGAGGACGUCAUUUCCUAGAGUACCUAGUUCCCAGUUGCCAUAAAUCAAGUGUCACUGGUAGUUUACAAUGUGUUUGGC